AUGUCUGUUCAACAAUGUGGAAUCGAGAUCUAUCAGUCAAAAUUAGGUGUCCGAAAACAAGCUACCUCCUUUUUCAAGCCAAAAUUUUUUGCCAAAAAUAGUAAUUGGUUUUCAGAUAUUGGACCUAACGAGGGAAUUCCCGCCCGUCCUGUAGCGCUAAUAAUCAUCACAUUGCUAUUGCAUUACGCACUGCCAAAAGUUUUGGCACAACAAGAAACUGGUCCAACCGCUAGCAACGAUGAUACUAGCAGCGACAAUAGCACAGCAACAACACCACAAUGCGGCGGAGGUACAAUCUCCGGUUCUGAUUACAAUCUUGGUCUUCAUGUCGGCGCGCUGUUUAUUAUUCUUGCUACCAGUUCUUUUGGGGCGUUUGUUCCGGUCAUAGCGAAAAAAUAUCCAUCUUUCAGAAUACCGCAAAUAGCGUUUAUGAUUGCCAAACAUUUUGGUACCGGAGUUAUCCUUGCAACCGCAUUUAUUCAUAUGUUACCUUCUGCUUUCGGAAAUUUAACUAAUCCGUGUCUACCAAGUGUAUGGAGUAAUGAUUACACAGCCUUCGCAGGAGCAAUAGCAAUGGGAUCCGCAUUAAUAAUAUUUAUCAUUGAAUAUUUUACGAUAAAAACAGCCGAAGAAUAUGAAGAAAAACAUGAAAACAAUAUCACGCCUCAUGAAAAUGGCAGCCAUAUCAACAACGAGAUAGAUGUCAGAAUUGACGAAAAAUCUCAUGAUCCACAGCAACGUCAUCAUCAUGGACACAUGAUGUUAAUUAAUGAUCGUGCUAAAACCAUAGGUAUCGUUAUUCUAGAAGCAGGCAUCUGUUUUCACUCCGUAAUUAUAGGAAUGGCGUUGAGCGUAUCCACGGGUUCCGACUUCAUCUCACUUCUAUGCGCACUCGUAUUCCAUCAAAUGUUCGAGGGACUUGGGCUUGGAGCUCGUAUUGCAGAACUUUCUUUCCCUUCGAGAAGCUUACGUCCAUGGCUAAUGUCUCUCGCAUAUGGCACAACCACACCAAUUGGAAUUGCUAUCGGUAUCGGCGUAAGAUACUCUUAUGAUCCGCAAUCAGAGACUGCAAUAAUCGUCCAAGGUGUACUAGACUCCAUUUCUGCCGGGAUUCUGUUAUACGCGGCAAUGGUCGAGUUACUCGCAGCCGAUUUUAUCGCCGACAAGAGUAUUAGAAAGUCGAGUAAUUCAAAUCAGGCUUUUGCUUUUACUCUCCUGCUAUUGGGCGCUGGUGGCAUGGCAUUGAUCGGGCGUUGGGCAUAA